AUGACUUUUACCUCACCUGUAGCGAGGGAGUUCACCAUCCCCGAAGAGCUUACCUCAGUUCCAUUAUGCACUUUCAUGCUCAACGAAUGCUAUGGACGACAACCUCUGUGCAACUCCCUACCUCCCUUUGUCUGCGGGUUGAGCAGCCGCUCUUUCUCAGCCUUGGAGCAAAAGCAGCGGACUGACCGAUUGGCGCGAGCUCUCGCUGCGAGGCUACGAUGGGACCCCAACGAAGGGUCAGAAUAUGAGAAAGUUGUGGUCUCGUACACUUACAAUACGAUCGAUGUAAUGACAUUGCACUGGGCUGUGCACAUGCUUAACGGUGUGUCCAGUCCCGCGAAUGCGUCUUACGCAAUCCCUGAGCUGGCUCAUCAGCUCAACGACUCGGGAGCAACAGCAAUCUUCACUUGUCUUCCGCUUCUACAGAACGCCCGCGAAGCGGCUGCAAUGGCUGGUAUUGAUGCUGCAAAUAUUUUCGUCAUCGAUCUGCCAGUCCGAUUCACCGGCGACAUAUCUUCGGAUUCAGGGUUCUCGACACUCGAAGAGCUGGUGCACGACGGAGAACUGCGCUCGACGCUUCCUUCUCUGCGCUGGGACGUCGACCAAGGCCAGCGCCAGACCGCGUUCCUAUGCUACUCGAGCGGAACCUCUGGAUUGCCGAAAGGAGUGCGUGUGUCGCAUUACAACGUCAUUGCCAACGUCCUGCAACUCGCCGCGGCAGAGGCCACUGGUCGAGAAGCCCUUGGGCCACAGCACAGGGACGUUGGGCUGGGUCUCAUGCCGCAAAGUCACAUUUACGCUCUAGUCAUCAUCUGCCACGCCGGAGCAUAUCGAGGUGAUUCCGUCAUUGUGCUGCCGAAAUACAGUUUCCAGUCUAUGGUGGCCUCCAUUGAGCAGUUCCGGAUCAACACAAUUUACCUGGUGCCUCCGAUAAUCAGCGACUUGACGCAGCAAAACGCCGAGGUUAGAGAAUAUGACCUGAAAAGUGUCAGAAAGGUCGUCACCGGUGCUGCGCCCCUGGGUAAAGGCCUCGCAGACGACCUGAUCAAGAUUCAUCCCAGCUGGCGACUUUGCCAAGGAUACGGGCUCACAGAGACUGCAACAGUCGUCACCUGGACUCUGGAAGACGACAUCUGCCAUGGGAGCGCGGGAGUGCCCAUUCCAGGGACGACGUGCCGUCUGGUGGACGAUGGAGGCAAAGUCGUCACGGGCAACAAUGAGCCCGGUGAGCUCUUGGUGUCUUCGCCAAGUGUCACUCUGGGAUAUCACAACAACAGAAAGGCCACGAACGAGAGUUUUGUCUUUCGAGAUGGUCGAAGAUGGCUCCGCACAGGCGAUAUCGCCGUGUUCAGCACUUCCUCGAGCGGGCGACAGCACAUGUGGAUAGUAGACCGUCUGAAGGAAUUGAUCAAAGUCAAGGGAUUGCAAGUAGCGCCCGCCGAACUGGAAGCUCUGCUACUCGCUCAUCCCGACGUAAAUGAUGCUGCAGUGAUAGGCACUCCUGACGAUCGUGCGGGAGAAUAUCCGAAGGCUUUCAUAGUCCUCUCGAGUUCGGGAAGGAAGAAGAAGAAUGAAGCAAGGAAGCAUAUUCGCGCCUUCGUUGAAGACAGGGUAGCGCGACAUAAGUGGUUGCGUGGCGGGAUUGAGUUCAUCGAGGCAAUUCCGAGGAAUCCGUCUGGUAAAAUCCUCAGACGGGAGUUGAGGAGCAGAGGGACAGUAGGACGUUGUGCUGUACAGACAAAACUUUGA